AUGAGUAAAAUAUUCUAUUCAACUGAAAGUGUACGUCUUCGACAAGAGAUUAUAUCUCAAUGUGUAUGGAGUGAUACAUAUAGUUCAUUAAAACAUAUUCUUAAACGAACAGCAUAUCAAUUACCAUUACUUGUAUCAUUUCUUAAUACUGAUGAUGAACAACAAACAACAGCAACAGAUAAUUAUCAAACCAUAUUUUUUUUCGAACGAAAUAUUUCAAAUAAACUUUUAUUUACUCCACUACAACAACAUGAUCAUUAUAAUGAUCAAUUUGAUGUUCAUCCUAAACAUUGUACUUUUGCUAUAACAGAUUUAUAUAAAGGAUUAUUUGAAUUUGUUCGUAAUGGUCAACGUUCAGCACGAGUUUAUACAAAUCUUGAGCAAUUAAUUGCAUUUACAUCAACUUUAAAAUGUUCGAUCGUAUUUAUGUCACGUGAUCGUACAUUAGGUUAUUAUCAAGAUCCAACGGUGUCUCAAUGGUUAAAUAAAGAAUAUCCUCAAGGUGCUAUUUUUCGUGCUGAAUGUGUUCAUCGUUCAUUUGUAUCAACUAAUGAUGGUCAUCGAAUUCCAAAUGAUUAUCUUGAAUGUAAUGAUGAAGAUGGUUAUACCGUUUUUAUAAAAACUGAUCAAUCUGGUCGUUUUUCAAUUAUUUCGACAUCAAUUGAACAACAACAAGAUCAACCAGAAAUAUAUCUUCAUUCAACUCAAACACCAAAUAUUGGUCAAUUAAUUAAAUAUGUUACAGUUUACAAUGAUAAUAAUAAUAAUUGUAUUCGUCUUCUACGUGGUCCUGUACCAAAUGAUUUUCUUUGUCAAUAUUUUCAACUUGUUCGUCAACAUACAUAUGAUGUACUUGUUGGUUUAACACAAGAAGGUUUAGUUAUUGAAAUGAAUUUAGAUAGUCAUAUACCAUGUCGAUAUGCAACAAAUUUAAAUGAUAUAUUAAAUAGUAUAUAUGGAUCAACAAUAUCUCAAACACUUGAAUCACAUAUUGAACAAGCACGAAUACAUUAUAAAGAAAAUAUUCAACUUGAUUUACAAUUAGUAUCAACUAUAGAUUGGGCAGCAUUUUUUCAAUAUUGGAAAUCAACUGGUAAAUUACGUCGAAAAUAUAAUGAUGAUAAAACUAUAUCAUAUCAAAGUCGUCAUCGAUUUCAACUUGUCGCUUCAGUUCAAGAUCUUUCCGAACAUCCACGAACACUUGCUUCAGCAUUUAGAAAAUAUCAUAAUUUAUCAACAAAAGAAAAUCUACCUGUUCAAAAUAGAAAAUCACAUUCAGAUAAACAACAUUCAUUGUUAUCGCAAAUGUCAAGAUUGAUUCCAACAUCAAAACAUUCGAAAAGACAUCAUUCACAUCGAAAUCCUCAAUCAUCAGUUCUUCUACUAUCAACUGCGGGACAACCAUUUGAUGAUAGUAUUUAUGAUUCAAAUCAAAUUCAUCAAGUUUCAUCCAAAGAUAAUUUAAUUACUCAACCUACACGAAAAACACGAAGAAUAUAA